AUGAACGAAGUUUACGUGGAAGUAUAUUCAUUGAAGGAAUUAUGCCUAGUUCCGAUAGAAACAAUAGUAACGUUAUUCACUGUAAAAUACUGCAACUCUAAAGUUAACAUUAAGCUUAUACUAAGCAAACAAAAGCCUCUUGAACGAGCGUACACUAUAAAUAUUUCCACUUUUGUAUAUGAAGUUAUGGAUAUAAAUAAAAUUCCAUAUCCUGCGAUUUCGUGUGAAUUGCCAAUUAUCGUCGUAAACAAGUCCAGUUGCAUCGCAGGUCUUUGUGCGGUUCUACGGAAGAUAAUCAAAGAAGUUGUGGCGGAAUGUCCAACGCAUUAUUGUCGAAGGUUGUUGGGAUUCAAAGACUCGUGUUUGUCCGCUUGUUCAGAAGGAAGUAUUUGGACGAAGUUUUGCGAAGUGGAUUUGAUACUAACUGUGAAAUUUCUACAUGCAGACGAUGCAACAAAAAACGAAUUGCCUUCCAAUAUAGCGAGAUUCGAACGUCAUAUGUCGCAGCCAAUCAGACUGCACAAUUUACACAAAUAUAUCAUGUCAAAGAAAUUUUUCGCUGAGAAUGUAAUAUCGCGUGACGGAAUACCAGAGCACAUGUAUGCCGAAGGUUCGUACAUGACUCUGGCAGAUAUAAUUAUAUUUGUCUGCACUCAUAUUUUGUUGACUGCGUUUUGGAGCGAAACGACAAUGCAGCUACUUCCAUUGACCAUUAAAUGGUAUAAAAAAAUGUUCGAAGAUCAAAUUAUAUUCAAUUGCCUUGAGUGUUUGCUACUGUUGAAGAGUCAAAACCUGACUAAAUUCAAUUACACGCUACCUGACGUACCGAAUCAGAGUUUGUAUAAACGCGAUCCAAAAAGAUACAAGCCGAAAAGUCGCAUUUACACGAGGCAAAAGGAUGUGGAGUGCUCGUUGCAGUUAUUCAGAACCUUAAACAUAGAAACCAAACUUGCCUUGGAACCGUUUGGCGCAGAAUUGAAUUUCGAUUGGUCAUCGAUACCGUACGAUGCCACCCCAGACGGCGGUGCUUUACCACCUUCGCGUUCGGAAAGAAAGCAACAACAAUUAGAAAACAUGUGUAAACCUGUUAUGAAGCUAGCAAAAUCGGGAGACAUAAUUGUAGACUUUUGUUCCGGUGCUGGUCACUUAGGUAUCUUAGUUGCAUACCUUUUGCCGCAUUGUACCGUGAUAUUGUUAGACAACACAGAGAAGUCGUUGAACAGAGCCAAAGAAAGAGUGAACAAGUUGAAAUUGACGAACAUAAAGUUUUAUCAAUGUAAUCUAGAUUAUUUUAAAGGAUACUUUGACAUUGGCAUGUCGUUGCACGCUUGCGGCGUUGCAACUGAUUUAGUCAUACAACAAUGCAUCAGAGUUAACGCCGCUUUUGUCUGCUGCCCCUGCUGUUACGGAUCGUUACACGACUGUCAUCACUUAACAUAUCCAAGAAGCAACAUUUUUAGGAAUCAAAUUGACCAGAAGAGCUAUAUAAUUCUCAGCCACGCUGCAGAUCAAACGCACGAUGAAAAAAAUGUUAAAACAAGCCAGGGGUAUGAAUGCAUGGCUAUCAUCGACACUGAUAGAAUCUUACUGGCCGAGGAAUUCGGCUACACUAUGUACCUUUCAAAAUUCAUACCGAACACAUGUACAUCUAAAAAUCAUAUGUUAGUAGGUAUUCCAAAAAAAGAAGAAAUUGUAAAUGUCGGACACGGAAAUUAAUUAAGUUGACAUAUUCGUAAUUUCUGCAUUUAUGAUAACCAAUUUAAAAAUUAUUCUUGUUAUUGGAUUUUCAAAUAAAAGCAUAUUUACUUA